GUCUACUGAAUAUCAACUCAGGUCACGGAUAAGGAUUGGCCUACUCUGAAAAAGAUGGUGGUUUUCCAGAGCUGUUUAUUUGCAUUUAUUCUCUACCUCAGAGCAUAUUCUGCAAGUGAUGAUAAUUGGCAUGCCACAGUACCAAAGUCAGUAGUGGGUCUGUCUGGAUCAUGUGUGGUGAUCCCCUGUACAUACAACUAUCCAUCAAAUGGAAAGACAUACACAGACUUAAGAGGAAUCUGGUACAAAGGUGACUCUGAUAUAAUCUACCAUACAGACACUUCCGAAAUCAUCAGCAAAUUCAAGGAUCGCACCAGCCUUAUUGGUUCCUUGAAUCAGAAAAACUGCACUUUGAAAAUUAGCUCUUUACAACACGAUGACCAAGGAGAAUACAUGUUCCGGAUUGAGAUUAAAGAUCUGGACAUGUACUCAUACCAACAAAGCAAAGUUUCUAUAACUGUAAAAGAUUCCCCCGAGGUACCUAGGAUCUCUGUGGAUGAGGAAGUGACAUCACAGAAAGAAGUGACCGCUACCUGUGUUGUGUCACAUUCCUGUCCGUCUGACCCGCCGCGUCUCACCUGGAGCCACAAAGGCAAAACCACAAGUGACUCACAACCAAAAGAGGACGCCCAAUUGAAGUUAACAUCAUCUCUGACUUUCACACCAUCCAGAGAAGACCAUAAUAAACCUCUCAGCUGCUCUGCAGAGUUUACUCCGGCAAAAACAGUGUCCAACAACAAAAAGCUCAAAGUGAAAUAUCGUCCAUAUAAUGUGAAUGUACGGAGUUCACCGGUGAAGGAGAAUGAAUCUAUUGGACUGACCUGCUUCACUGAUAGUAAUCCUCCUGCUCACAGCUUCCAGUGGUUCGGCUCAACAGGAUCUCCGUUGGCAAAUGGAAGCACCUAUAGACUGAAUAAUGUGACCCGUUAUACUGAAGCCAUUUCCUGCACCGCCACCAACACAGAGGGAAAAAACAGUUCAGGCCCUCAGAGGAUUAAUGUCUUGUAUCCUCCAUAUAAUGUGAAUGUACGGAGUUCACCGGUGAAGGAGAAUGAAUCUGUCGAACUGAACUGCUCCAGUGAUAGUAAUCCUCCUGCUCACAACUUCCAGUGGUUCGGCUCAACUGGAUCUCAGUUGGCAAAUGGAAGCUCCUAUAGUCUGAAUUAUGUGACCCGUUAUACUGAAGCCAUUUCCUGCAGCGCCACCAACACAGAGGGAAAAAACAGUUCCGGUCCUCAGAGGAUUAAUGUGUUGUAUCCUCCUGAGAUUAAAAGUGGGUCUUCCUGUGUAUCAGAGACUUUUAUAGUCUGUGUCUGUAUUGUGGACUCAAACCCUCCCAGUGAAGUCAAGUGGCUCGGUCCCUCGAGUACUUUCCCCAGCUCUGGUGUUGAACGAAAUGGGUCUCUUACCAUAUUCACCCUUCAGGGAUGGCUGGGAUUCCCAUACACAGUAAAUUGCUCUGCCAGUAACAGUGAAGGAAACUCUGUCAUGACACUGUCAGUGCCGCAUAAUGGUUUAAUAAUAUAUCUUGUUGUUGCUUCUAUUGUUGUUGUUGUUAUUGUAGUGGUCAUUUCAGCGUGUGUAGCCAAGAGACACUGUGGACGAAGACCUGCACAAAGUGUACUGGAUGUGAAGAAUGACCACAAUGAACUGAAGACAACCCCAAAGUCAGACACAUCCAGCCAAGAACAACAAAACGUUGACUUAUACACAAAUUAUCAAGAAAUAGACCAACCUGUUUAUAAAAAUUUUGAGUGUGAAGAUGGAAACCCGUCAUGUGAGCAAGAUGAAGAUGAAGCGAUCUACGCUAACACCUAAAAUAAACAAGCGUUAUAACUCUUAUAUAGAUCAUAUUCAAAUGACCGUUUUGAUGGCAUUAUAGUUUAAUUUUACUGGUCUGUCUAGCAUAAAAAAAGAUAUAUAACGCUUGCUAAGUAAUAUUGCAAUAAUAUAUUCAUAUUGUCCUAAAAGCAUGUUUGAUGUCUAUAAUGUGUAAACAAGGCCCCCUAGUGGUCACUGGAGGAAAGGUUUGGCAAGGCUGUGACCUAAAGCUGCUGCAAACCUUUGGAUGCCUUUAGUCACAACGUAAUUUCUGCAGUUACAAUUGUGUUGUUCUGAAGUUUGAUGAGAUAACUAUUAUUGUAAAAUAUAUAUAUAUUAUAAAAGAAUGUGUUGUAGUUUACUUAUGACUUGAAUAAGUUUGGCUCACCAGUUUUGGGUAUAUACAUUACUAUUCUACACAUCACUGUGAACAUCUUCAAAUGCUUUAAUUCAUCACAGAUUGA